UCUAAACAAAAUUCUGCAUAUAGUUCUUUUUUAUAUUUGUAUAAAUUUUUAUUGUUAUAUUAGUUAAUAGAUACCUAGUUAGGUAGAAAUAAGCGUAAGCCUAGAUAAGAAAGAAGCCAAAGAUGUGGCCCCGCGUGGUGAGGUGGGGCCUGGGUGUGGCGACGGCCACAGUGUGCGCUUUUUCUGCAUACAAAGCUUUCCAAGAAAUUAAAAGACUCUCUUCAGACUUGCCAGAAUUUUACCUUCGACAAGACUUAGAACGACGUCGCGAUACAAGACGGUUCGCUAAUUCACGCCAAGAAAGGGAGGAUACUUUUUUAGCCGAUGCAUCGACCGACGAAGACGAAGAUGCACAACGUGCAGGAACUACCAGAAGAGUUAUAUAUCAUCGAACAGCAAACAUAGAAGAUUCUCCCAACAUUCUAGAAGGAAUUUACCCACGUCCUGAAGUCGAUCGAUAUAGGCCAAGUAGAGCUGAACGUAGCCCUAUACUAACCGCAAUACUAGAGCAACAGCGGUCCUCUACAGUGCAAGAAGAAAACAACGACCAAGAAGCUAGUUUAAGCACCGAUAUUGAAACCCCAGCAAGAAACGAAGAUAAUGCUGAGAUGCCGAACACUGAAAAUCAACCGAGUUUAAGCACCGAUAUUGACAACCCAGCAAGAAACGAAGAUAACUUUGAGAUGCCGAUCACUGAAAAUCGACUGAGUUUAAGCACCGAAAUUGAAACCCCUGAAAGAAACGAAGAUUACUCUGAGAUGCCGAUCACUGAAAAUCGACUGAGUUUAAGCACCGAUAUUGAUAACCCAGCAAGAAACGAAGAUUACUCUGAGAUGCCGAUCACUGAAAAUCGACUGAGAUCCACAAAUAUGAAUGAAACGGAAGAAUCGGAGGAGCACAGUUCUGAGAUUAGUGAUACUAAUCUCAGAAACAGAAAAGCGAAAAACUAAAGGAGCGGGGUGGGCAGGGAGCAAAGGUUUCCAUGCGGAGACCUACCGUCCAAUGUAAGAAUGAAAGCUGCUCCCUGCCCACUGUAGAGACGAACGGACGGAAAAGAAAAAGACGUAAGCAAUUCUAACUAAUAUUUCACUCACUUUAUCUCUUUAUAAAGAAGCAACAACCUUUACAACCUGGAGAACCGAA